AUGGGUGUAGUUAAGGAAAAGUCGGAUAGUCGACUUCUUCUCCUUCCUCGUGCUUCUGCUUCUGCUUCUGCUUCUCUUCCCAAAUCGGGGCCUAGAAGCCUUUCUUCUCUUCUUCGGUUGCUCUUCGGCUUUUUUUUAAAUCCAUGGUUGUUGUUGAUGUUGAUGGAUGGAAGAGGAAGAGUGGAUGGGUGGAUGGAGCCGGUUCAUCGUUCCCCGCCUGCCUACUGCAGACAGACAGACACACCCAUAUCUGUGCUGGCCGUCGGUGGUCAGUCACGUUUCGAUAGCAACGGCCCUGCCUGCGUCUCGCGUCUGGCUGGUCAGGUUGCCAAGCAUCGAGGACUGGUUCCUGCACAUGAUCUCCAAUCAGAUGUUUUUGGUGUGGUCUGGCGCCUAACCCCCAUGGGCCGUAACCCAUCAUCACUGCCUGCCACUAAUAAGCCAUCGGGUCAGCAAGCCUCACCUCACCUCGAAUCAUUCUCACAGGGAGGGUAA